AUGAGCGCCGCUCGCUCCCUGAAGCACUGCCGGCACAUAUUGAUGCCGUACUUGCGCACCAUGCCGUGGCGGUUGAAGCACACGCGGCUGCAGCAGCAGCAGCAGCAGCAGCAGCAACAGCAGCAGCAGCAGAAGGAGCAGCAGGAGAAGGAGCAGCAGCAGAAGGUGGAGAGGAGGAGAAGCAGCAGCAGCAGCAGCAGGAACAGCAGCAAUCGCAAUAACAGGGGAAUAAUAAUGAGCAGCAGCAGCAGGAGAAGGAGCAGCAGCAGCAGCAAAGGGAGCAGCAGCAGCAGAAGGUGGAGAGGAGGAGAAGCAGCAGCAGCAGCAGGAACAGCAGCAAUCGCAAUAACAGGGGAAUAA